GAGGCGCAGAGACUCCUGGGGCUUGUGGUCUUUUACAAACAGCGAGACGCCGUCGCCGGCGGGGACGGGACUCCAUUUCCCAGGAUGCCUCGCACGACCGGGGCAGACCGAGGAAGAAGUCCAUAAGGAAGGCGAGCAGGAGCCGUUAACCGAAUUCGCCCCCCCACCCUUUGUAAAGUGCCCGGAGCACAAUGUACACACUGCUUUCCGGGCUUUACAAGUAUAUGUUCCGACGAGAUGAAUACUGCAUCUUAAUCCUGGGAUUGGACAAUGCUGGAAAAACGACCUUCCUUGAACAGACGAAAACGAGAUUCAACAAGACCUACAAAGGAAUGAGCUUAUCCAAAAUCACAACCACUGUCGGCUUGAACAUUGGCACCAUAGACGUUGGGAAAGCUCGGCUGAUGUUUUGGGACCUAGGAGGACAGGACGAGCUUCAGUCUCUUUGGGACAAGUAUUAUGCCGAAUCCCAUGGGGUCAUUUACAUUAUCGAUUCCACCGACGAGGAAAGGCUGUCGGAAUCCAAGCGAGCUUUUGAAAAGAUGAUAACGAAUGAAGUUCUGGAAGGUGUCCCUUUGUUGGUUCUCGCUAACAAACAAGAUAUAGAGAACUGCCUCUCGAUCCCCGAUAUCAAGACGGCAUUCAGCGACUGCAUCAACAAAAUUGGGAAGAGGGACUGCUUGACCCAAAGUUGCUCGGCCCUCACCGGACUCUGCAAAGAAGCGGAUGAAACCACUGAUCACAUACUGAGCUGUUGUAAGACAAUAGCUCAGACCGACUACAAACAACGUCACAACACAGUCGCUCAGAUGGUCCACUGGAACUUGUGUCACAACUACCAUCUACCUGUAGCAAAGAACUGGUGGGAUCAUAAGCCUGAAAAAGUGAUCGAAAAUGAGCAUGCAAAACUAUUGUGGGAUUUCCGAAUUACAGACUGAUAAAAGUUUUGGAACACAAUACCCUGGAUAUCACGAUUGUGGAAAAGAAAAAAGUGUGGAUAGUCGACAUUGCUAUACCUGGUGACAGCAGAAUUGAUGAGAAACAACUUGAAAAAGUCACCAGAUAUCAAGAUUUGAGAAUCGAAUUGCAGAGACUCUGGCAUAAACCAGUGCAGGUGGUUCCAGUGGUACUCGGCACACUGGGAGCUGUGCCUAAAGACCUUUGCAAGCACUUAAAAGCAAUUGGCGCUGACAAGAUCACCAUUGGUCAGCUGUAGAAGGCCACCUUACUGGGAUCUGCUUGCAUAAUUCGCCGAUACAUCACGCAGUCCUAAACACUUGGGAAGAUCUAGCGAUCUGUGAUACGAAAUCCAGCACAGUUAUCUCAUUUGCUGUGUAUAAAGGUAAAGGUAAAGGUUCCCCUCGCAUAUAUGUGCUACUCGUUCCUGACUCUAGGGGGCGGUGCUCAUCUCUGUUUCAAAGCCGAAGAGCCAGCACUGUCCGAAGACGUCUCUGUGGUCAUGUGGCCGGCAUGACUCAACGCCAAAGGCGCACGGAACGCUGUGACCUUCCCACCAAAGGUGGUCCCUAUUUUUUCUACUUGCAUUUUUUACAUGCUUUCGAACUGCUAGGUUGGCAGAAGCUGGGACAAGUCACGGGAGCUCACCCAGUUACACGGCAGCACUAGGGAUUCGAACCGCUGAGCUGCCGACCUUUCGAUCGACAAGCUCAGCUGUCUUAGCCCCUGAGCCACCGCGUCCCUUGCUGUGUAUACUGUCAUCAUCAUCAUCAUCAUCAUCAUCAUCAUAAUAUAAAUAAAAUAAUAAAUCAAAAUAAAAUCAACUAAACUAAACUAAACCCUGUUUCUCAUUUGUCAUGCCUUCAUACGGGGAUAAACUCAUUGUAACAGGGGGUCCCUCGGCUCAUUUGGCUGAGAACAAAACUUCCUAGGACCACAAGCUUGGGGUUCCUUCCCAUAUAUCUGAUUAGGCUCCCCAUUUUCUUUACUAAAAGCUCUUCUCCACUUGCAUGGAUACACAACAUCUCCUUCGAAUUUGGGCCUCCUAGUCCCCUCUCCUGCUAGUAAGAGAGACAGCAUUAAAGUAAAGCUUCACCUGGAUUCUUAGGGCGGCCUCAAGGUGGUUAAAGAUUGCCUGAGAUUCAAUCGAUCAGAACGGAGCUGGAAGGGACCUUCGAGUUCAUCUAGCCCGACCCCCUGCUUAGUGAUGAAAUCCAAAUUAUUAUUUUUUUCCUACGGGUUCUGUGGUGGGCGUGGCGGGGGAAGGAUAUUGCAAAAUCCCCAUUCCCACCCCACUCUGGGGCCAGCCAGAGGUGGUAUUUGCCGGUUCUCCAAACUGCUCAAAAUUUCUGCUACCGGUUCUCCAGAACCUGUCAGAACCUGCUGGAUUUCACCCCUGCCCCUGCUCAAGCAGGAGACUCUAUACCAUUUCAGACACGUGACUGUCUAGUCUCUUCUUAAAAAUCCUCCAGUGAUGGAGCACACCCAACUUCUGAAGACAAGCAAUUCCACCGAUUAAUUGUUCUCACUGUCGGGAAAUUUCUCCUUAGUUCCAGGUUGUUUCUCUCCUUGAUUAGUUUUCAUCCGUUGCUUCUUUAUUUUAUUUUUAUUUAUUUUUAUUUUUCGCAUUUUUAUACCGCCCUAUCUCCUUAGGGACUCAGGGCGGUUUACAGCCAGAUAAAAACAUACAUAUAAAUACAAAAUAAAACAUCAAUUAAAAAACUUAUUACAUAAGGCCGAAUAUUUAAAAAUAGCAAUACAAAUAAUAAAAUCCCAUUAAAACCAAAUUCAAAAUUUAAAAUUCUAGUCCAGUCCUGUGCAGAUAAAUAGAUGUGUCUUAAGCUCGCGGCGAAAGGUUCGAAGGUCAGGAAGUUGGCGGAGUCCUGGGGGAAGUUCGUUCCAGAGGGUGGGAGCCCCCACAGAGAAGGCCCUUCCCCUGGGUGUCGCCAGUCGGCACUGCCUGGCCAACGGCACCCUGAGGAGUCCCUCUCUGUGAGAGCUCACGGGUCGGUGAGAGGCAUUCGGUGGCAGCAGACGGU